AUGCCCAAAUCCACUCACAGCCAUCCGUUGUUCGACCACUUGGGCCCAAAGGCACUGCGGAGCCUCAGGCUGUUCAGUUUGUGUAAGCACAGUAGCAAUGCUGACGCGAGGAAACGUUACUACGCACUAUCUUUACUACAUCAUCCAGACAAAGCUGACACUGACGAGGACAGAGUCAAGGCCACUACACGACAGCAAAAAAUCAACGAGGCCUGGGAAACCCUUUCUGAAGCACUACCAGACACGCGCGUGGGUGAGCUGUCUUUCCCACAAUGUUGUAAUGGAGAUCCAUUCAAUACAAGCAGUAAGCCCAAGGCAUCUAACCAUGAUCCCUUCGAGUCCGAUGGUGAUGAGCAGCGCCCAGAGUGUGAACGAAAAGCUCGACCGGAGAAGGCGUUCUUCACUGAGGUCUGGGAAUCACAUGCAAAUACAGACUACUUUCCGGAAUUCUCAGUGCGUCAAGCAGAAGAAGCAGAGGCACUGUGGGCCAGUCUUCGAGACGAGCCACAGGUAGACACUCCACGUGCUGAUCUUCUUGCUGCUCUUCGCACCGCACUCGGACAGCUGAUCAUCGGUAGCGUGUGUCUGGACGAAAUGUUGCGUGGUGCAAAGCAGAUGGCUGUGGUGCUCAAGCGUCGAGGUGGUCUAUCUCUUCUACAGGGUUCCCUGGAUGCUUUUCAACAGCAGCUCAAGGCUACGUCCUGGAUCAUGUCCCGCGAAGGCUUCUGGGGAGUCUAUGAUCCUAAAGUGACUAAAGCUGACAAGGAAUGGUUUGCUAGUGAACUAAAGCUGUUUGAUGGCUUUCCUAGGCCGCUUCGGCGCCUGUGGAAGUCUGUGUCCAGUCUAUACGCUGACUAUUAUCACAGUAUCAAUGCUACACCACGGACUGUUGCCUCAGCGAGGUUGGAGGAAGAGACGAUCCAGAAAGGUGAUGGUAUUCUUGGCCUGCCACAGAACUGGUCGCCGGAUGAUGCGGAAUGGUGCGAGUAUGAAGAUGAUCUGCCCGGAAUCGAGGACCACGAUACUCACGUCAGAUCUUGCCGCGAGGUAGCCGCUCGGCAGUUGCUGCGCAGUCUUUGCGAGGGUAAGAUUGAGCUCGAGAGACUCGUGAAGAAUGCCAAAGAUACCGACUGCCGCAUUUACAUUGAGCAGUUGGCUUAUGGUGUCUAUCAAUGA